AUGGCUGCUGGAGAUCUGACAAUGGGGAUGAUCUUCUUAUCACAAACUAUUACAGGAAUCCUGGGGAACUUCUCUCUUCUUUCCCAUUAUCUCUAUCUCUACCUCACAGGAUGCAAGUUUAGGUCCACAGAUUUGGUCAUCAAACACCUGAGUGUAGCCAACUGCUUAGUCAUUCUCUCUAGAGGAGUUCCCCAAACCAUGGCAGCUUUGGGGAUGAAGCAUUUCAGUGAUAUUGGGUGCAAGCUUGUGUUCUAUGUGCACAGAGUGAGCAGGGAUGUGUCCACCGGCACCACCUGCCUCUUGAGUAUCUCCCAGACCAUCACCAUCAGUCCCAGGAACUCCAGGUGGGCAGUGCUUAAACUAAAAGCUCACAAGUACAUAAGCCGCUUCAAUAUCUCCUGCUGGAUGCUGUACAUAAUACUAAAUGUCAUAGUGCCUGUGUAUAUGACUGGCAAAAGGAAAGACAAUAAUAUCACAAAGAAAGUUGAUCAUGGAUACUGUUAUGCUAUGAACUCUGGAAAACACAUAACAUCAUUCCAUGCAGCCCUGGUAUUUUUUCAAAAUGUUUUCUUCAUAGGUCUCAUGCUGUGGUCCAGUAGCUUCAUGGUUUUCACCCUGCACAGCCACAGGAAGCAGGUCCAAUAUAUCCAUGGCACCAACGUCUCCUCUAGGUCCUCCCCAGAGUCCAGAGCCACCCAGAGCAUCCUCGUCCUAGUAAGCACCUUUGUGUCUUUGAGCAUUCUCUCCUUCAGUUUUCACAUUUGCUUGACUGUUUUCAAGAAUCCCAGUUUGUGGCUGGUGAGCAUCUACGUACUGUUUGCUGGGGGUUUCCCAGCUGUGAGCCCCUACAUUCUCAUGAGCCAUGACUCCAGAGUACCCAGGCUCUGCUGUGCCUGCACCAGAAACAGCAAGCGCCCUACUUAG